AACGAUAUCGAAACGAUAUCGAAACUAUAUCAAAACGAUAUUAAAACGAUAUCGAAACGAUAUCGUGGUUUCCCCGAGCCUCGUUUUCAUUGUGAUCGUUUUGGUGCCGCAGCGUUCCUGCAGUUCCGGUGCCCCGAGGAGCCCACGCUGCUGGGCCAGCCACCGGCCGAGACGCGCCUGCUGCGGUCCAACACCGACUGCCAGCACUACUUCGCGUGCGUGGCCGGCCGGCCGCGGCGCUACAACUGCGGCGAGGGCAGGGCCUUCAGCGAGCUGCUGCGCGGCUGCGACGCCGCCGAGAACGUCACCGGCUGUGCUCCAGCAGAGCUGUCCAGGAGAGAUGAGCGUCUGAGGCCUACAAGAUUGUUUUGAAGAGAAAGAAGAAACGUCGAAGUAGAGAAAUAUUUCCCACGGUCCUGCCAAUUGGCACUUCCCUGACAAACCUGUGAUCUCCCUCCACAUCUCUGGCGUGGAAAUUUCGUUGACGAUGAUAACUAAGUGCCAUUUAAUAAAUUACAAAGAACAUUUAAA